UCACUUGAAUUUAAAGAUAUAAUUCCACACUAUUCUCCAAGGUAGCCAAUGCUAUCUGCUAGUUCUCUCUCACUACAGUGGUCAAAAACACAAACCAGUUAGAGGAAAUCAUGGAUUCAACUUAUGACAGGAAAGCUGAAGUGAAAGCCUUUGAUGAUUCCAAAGUUGGUGUGAAGGGUCUUGUAGAGUCUGGAGUCACAAAGAUUCCCCGCAUGUUCCAUUCUGGCAAGUUGGAUACCAUUCAAACCUUGGCCACUGAUUCCAAAUUGAGUGUCCCCAUCAUAGACCUCAAAGACAUGCACUAUAAUACAGCUUUGCAUGCAGAAUUAAUUUCCAAAAUUCGAAGUGCAUGCCAUGAGUGGGGAUUUUUCCAAGUCAUUAAUCAUGGAAUUCCAAUCAGUGUGUUGGGUGAAAUGAUUCAUGGAAUUCGGAGAUUUCAUGAACAAGACAGUAAAGUAAGAAAAGAAUUCUAUACUCGGGAUUUGAAGAAAAAAGUUUUGUAUUAUUCCAACAUUAGCUUGUUGAACAGUGACCAACCCGUUAAUUGGAGAGAUACGUUUGGUUUUGCUGUUGCUCCUGAUCCACCCAAACCUGAGGAAAUACCAUCUGUAUGCAGGGACAUUGCGAUAGAAUAUUCAAAGAAAAUAAGAGAUUUGGGUUUUAGAAUCUUGGAGUUAUUAUCAGAGGCUUUGGGACUUAAUCCUUCUUACCUUAAAGAAUUGAAUUGUGGUGAAGGACUCUUUAUUUUGGGUAACUACUAUCCAACAUGCCCUGAACCUGAAUUAACUAUGGGUGCUACCAAGCACACGGAUGGUAACUUCGUGACUUUACUUCUACAAGACCAACUUGGUGGUCUUCAAGUUCUUCAUCAGAAUCAAUGGGUCAAUGUUCCUCCUGUUCAUGGAGCUCUUGUUGUUAACAUAGGAGAUCUUCUACAGCUUAUCACAAAUGACAUGUUCGUCAGUGUUUAUCACCGAGUCUUAUCAAACAAGUCAAGCCCAAGAAUUUCCACUAGUAGAAAAUAAGUAUAUUACGUCACCCCUUUUA